AGUUUUAAAUUAAAAUCAAUAAUGAAAUAUGAUAAAAUAAUUCAUAAUAAGAAUUUAAAAAAAUAUUUUUUAAAAUUUGAACAGAAAAUAUGUCAGAAGCUUUAGGACAUAUUUUAUUCCCAGAUACUCCCACUAAUGAAAAUCAAGACUUAUACUCUAGUGCCAGAGAAAAUGAGUUAAGUUCAUUGAUUAAUAAAAAAGUUCUUAGUGAAACUUCAGAGAAUAAAAUAAGAACAGAUAUGUUAUUAUCUACAUCAUCUGGAUUCAAAGACCCUGAAAUUCCAACACCCAGUCUUUGUAGAAUAUGUUUACAGUCCGAUUUGGAUGAAUCAAAUAAAUGCAUCUCUCCUUGUUUUUGUCGUGGGAGUAUAUCCAAGGUCCAUAAAACAUGUUUGGAAAAAUGGCUCCUGCAAGCUAGUUCUACUGUUUGUGAAAUUUGCACAUUUGUAUAUAAAACCAAACGAAUCACAAAAUAUUCAUUAUUAGGAUCAAUUAAAGCAUGGGUUUUCAGUAGUGAAAAUAAAGAAGAAGUCAAAGAAUUGUUCUAUGACGGAUGUGUAUUGGUUAUUAUAUUACCAUUUAUAUCCUUAUUUUCGUACGUUGGAUUUUCUAUAACCGAGCAUAUUUUCAACACAGAUGUACAGAUAAAAUACGACAUGGCUUAUCGAGUUGUAUCAUUUAGCGCUUGUUGGUCAAUAGUGUGUGCAGAUUUUUUCUUUUGUUUCUGGACUUCUUGCCGAAUUCAACACCAUGUUUUAAAUUGGUAUAAUUUCUACAAAAAUAAUCAAUCGAUCAUUUUAGAAUCGGCACUUCCAGAGGACUCAACAUAAAUCCAUUGCUUUGCAAACACGUUUAAUCAAGAUGUUAAAUUAUGGAAUUCUACAAGACUUUUAAUAAAUAUUUUUUAAAAUCAAAAAUAAUUCUUCAAAAUUAUAAAUAAAGUGUAUUUUUUAUAA